GGAAGGGAAUUAAAUUCAUUUGUGAUUUAGAUCGGAUCAAAUCAAGAUGCAGUCGACCAACGGUCCUGAUCUGAGCCCACAACAACAACCGCCGCAACAGCAGAACCAGCCUCCCCAACACCACCAGCAGUCUCUGCAGCGGCAUCCGCAGCAGUGGGUGCCGCAGCAGUGGAUGGGAGCCAUGCAGUACCCCGCGGCGGCUAUGGUGAUGAUGCAGCAGCAGAUGAUGAUGUACCCACAUCAUUACAUGGCUUACAAUCAGCAUUUCCAGUAUCAGCAGUAUCAACAGAAGCAGCAGCUGCAGCAGCAGUUCUCGCAGAAGCAGCAGGGAUCUGCGGAUGAGGUUAAGACGAUCUGGGUCGGUGACCUUCUUCAUUGGAUGGACGAGGCUUAUCUCCAUGGUUGCUUUUCGCAUACUGGCGAGGUGUCUUCCGUUAAGGUUAUCCGCAAUAAGCAAACCAGUCAACCCGAAGGGUAUGGAUUUGUUGAGUUUUAUUCACAUGCAGCGGCUGAAAAAGUUUUGCAAAGUUACAGUGGAUCUUUUAUGCCAAAUACUGAGCAGCCUUUUCGUCUGAAUUGGGCUUCAUUUAGUGCAAAUGAUAGGCGGUCAGAUACUGGUUCUGAUCUAUCUAUAUUUGUAGGAGAUUUGGCUGCAGAUGUAACUGAUACAAUGUUGCAUGAGACAUUUGCUAGUAGAUACCCAUCUGUUAAAGGAGCAAAAGUUGUCAUUGAUUCAAACACUGGUCGAUCAAAAGGUUAUGGUUUUGUUAGGUUUGGUGAUGAAAAUGAAAGGUCAAGGGCCAUUGCUGAAAUGAAUGGUGAAUAUUGUUCAAGUAGAGCAAUGCGAAUAGGUGUUGCAACCCCUAAAAAGGCAUCUGGAUAUCAGCAACAGUAUUCUUCACAAGCUUUGGUACUAGCUGGUGGACCUGCAUCAAAUGGUGCAGCAGCCCAAGGGUCUCAGUCUGAUGGCGAGUCAAAUAAUGCUACUAUAUUUGUAGGAGGACUUGACUCUGAUAUUAGUGAUGAAGAUCUCAGACAGACUUUUUCUCAGUUUGGUGAUAUUGUCUCUGUGAAAAUACCAACUGGUAAAGGAUGUGGAUUUGUACAAUUUGCUAACAGGAAGAAUGCUGAGGAUGCAAUCAAGAAUUUGAAUGGAACAACCAUAGGCAAUCACACGGUCCGUCUUUCUUGGGGUCGCAGUCCAGCACACAAGCAGGCAAGUUACCUCCAGCUAAUAGGAUAUUGCUAGUGUUUUCUUCUUCCUCUUCUUCUUCUUUUUAACUUCUUUUGUUCACUAAUUUGGGCGAUAAGAUGCAUGGCUCGGUUGCAUCGUUUUCUUUCAUAUUUGAAUAGAAAUUUUAACUACCACUAGUCUGCUAUAUUUUUUGGAUAACGAUUUUCCACUUAAAUCUUUCAAAAUGGCUGAAUCCACCAUUGAAAGCUGAACCUAUCAUCUUCACUUCUCAUAUAAUACCUUUUCCCCCUUUCAAUUAUUGAAAUUGGCUUUAACAGGGGAGAGGAGAGCAUAAUAAUCAGUGGAAUGGUGCAUAUUAUCGAGGCCAGGGCUACAAUGGGUAUAGCUACGCCAUAGCAACAACUCAAGACCCGAACGUGUAUGCUGCAGCUGCUGUUCCUGGGGCUUCUUAAAGCACGUACCAACAAUAACUCAGGGCAUGUAAUCCGAACCUGUGGGACUGGAUUUAAAUGUACUACUCAUCAGAUAGGUGUUGUAAUACAAUCUGUUGUGGCUGCUGCUUUAGAUGAAUCUGUGGAUUGAAGAAUUUUGUAGUUGGAUUUAUAUUUAAAAUCUUGGAGUUUUAGCCUUUUAGGCUGUAUUAAUACAUUAUUUACACUUGCACUUGUGGAAUGUGCUUGAGAGGUAUUCUUAUAUUCAUCGGGAAUUUUUAUUCAUCCUUUUCUUUUAUU